AUGGAACAAGAAGCAAGUCAGGAGCACGCAAGCGAUGUCCGCCUCAUCAUCGCGCUCCAACAAGUGAAGAAAACUGCUUCGUCAUCCUCGGUCACUGCGGCCGCGCCCGUGCGUCUGUGUAAGCUGGUACGCCGACCAGAUUUUGACGGCUACGGUUUCGGCAUACUUGUCGACGAGAAGAGUAAGCUGGCCACCGUGACCACUGUGGAAAAGGGAGGACCCGCCGAGGCUGGAGGACUCCACGCCAAAGACUGCAUAUUACAGGUGAACGGGGGAGAGCGUGAUCGGCUCAGCCAACGGGACGUGGUGGACCGCAUUAAGUCGUCAACUAAGGAGGUGCGUCUCCUGGUGACGAACAAGGAAACCGUGGCCACCCCCCCAUCACCGAUGCGCUCCAGGAGAGGCAGCCUUAUUAUACCCAUAGAGGAGCCAUCUGGAAGCGACAACAGUGAUGAGUUCAUCCUGUACGGCAAGGAGGCCAAAAGCUACAAAGGCGCCUAG